GGGUUUGUCUGUGUUUGGUAUGGGUUAAGAAGAGAAAGGAGGGGGAGAGAAUUGUGGGGAACGAGGUGUAGUGACAGAGACUGGGGGGGACUUGUCGGCGUCAUCAAAGCGCCGGACCACCAGACAUACACUCAGGCUGUGCAUGGAGUUACAAACCACAGUGUGCUUCCACAUAAGUACACGUGCUACACUACCCUAUCCCCACCCCUAACAGCUAGCAAACCCUGUCUCCUUUGUCUGUCGUUUAUCUAAUGCACCAGUCAUCAGGGAGCUCCACAGCAGAUCAUCGUGUAGGUCACAGGUUUCGGUCCCUUUAAUCUCCCGACCUGUGCCUCACUACCACUGGGGCGGGACCACUCCCAC